AUGCAAACUCAAUACAUAGUGUUCUUUAUCACAUGUUGCACUUUGGCGACCUAUGGUCAACGCUUGUUAGAUGCAUCAGCGGAUGGAUUCAACAACUUAGAUGAACAAAUGAACGCCCAUGAAGAAAGCAAACCAGUGGAAGAGAAGCCGUUUCACAAACCACCUAAACGAGGUCAUCGACAUGGUCGCCCACAGUCCGCCAGUCUUCGCGACAUGGAUGAUCUCCCUAAAGGACCAUCGGAAGAUAUGGGUUUUGGGGAUAUGGGACCCUUGAUGAAGGUUCCAGGAGUAUCAAUUGAACGAGUGAACUAUCGAACAAUAGAUAGAAUACAAGUGAAACGCAACUUAAAGGAAUUCGACGACGAAAGUGAAGGUUCUUCAGAAGAAAGUGAAGAGGAGGAAGACAAGGAGAAGAAGAGAAAACGAAAAGCGAAAGGGAGAGAAGAAAAACAACGACGAAAAGAAGAAAAGAUGAAGGAGAAGGAGGAGGAGAAGAAGAAGAAAAAACAACAACAAGAACUAGAGGAACCAGAGAAACUUAAACAGCAAGUGCAAGAGAUGCAGAGCAACAGCGAAUGA